GAGGCGCUACCGCGCUCUCCAGUCUCGACUGUUCCGGGCUUCGAACCUGUUGGUAGCUUUUGGCCUACUUUCCUCAGGUGCCUCCGGCCACAGCCCAUUGACGGUCGGCGAAGUUCACUUGCAGCCCCUGACGCGUCCGAGGUCCCUCCGGAGAGGCAGCGGCGGGUCCAUGGAGAAGGGCCUGGGGCGGGUGCCGGCUAAGCCGCGGGGGGCCAGGUGCAGCAAUGGGUUCCCUGAGGGGGAGCCGCCACGGCCCGGGCCAAGUCCUCGCACAGAGAAGACGCCGCGGCCGGAGAGCAAGAGCGCUCAGCCGGCUGACGGCUGGAAGGGCGAGCGGCCCCGCAGCGAGGAGGACAACGAGCUGAACCUACCCAACCUGGCGGCCGCCUACUCGUCCAUCCUGCGAUCGCUGGGCGAGGACCCCCAGCGGCAGGGGCUGCUUAAGACGCCCUGGAGGGCGGCCACGGCCAUGCAGUUCUUCACCAAGGGCUACCAGGAGACUAUUUCAGAUGUCCUAAACGACGCUAUAUUUGAUGAAGAUCACGAUGAGAUGGUGAUUGUGAAGGACAUAGAUAUGUUUUCCAUGUGUGAACAUCAUCUAGUUCCCUUUGUUGGAAAGGUCCACAUCGGUUAUCUUCCUAACAAGCAAGUUCUUGGCCUCAGCAAACUCGCUAGGAUUGUAGAAAUCUAUAGUAGAAGAUUACAAGUUCAAGAGCGCCUUACAAAACAAAUUGCCGUAGCAAUCACAGAGGCCUUGCGACCUGCUGGAGUUGGUGUAGUGGUUGAAGCAACACACAUGUGUAUGGUAAUGCGAGGGGUGCAGAAAAUGAACAGCAGAACCGUGACCAGCACGAUGCUGGGGGUGUUCCGGGAGGAUCCGAAGACCCGGGAAGAGUUCCUGACUCUUAUUAAGAGUUGAGCCUCAGUGUGUGCCACGUGGUUUGCAGAUCAUGCAGCUAGUAGUGUCAUCCAUCUGGUCUUCAUUGUUAGUACAGUCCACUGCCACUUGUUAUAAACAUGAACUUUAUUCUUUGUCACUAAUUGUAUUUAGUAAUUAUUUAUAGCAAGUCAAAUAAAGAUAAUUAAUAAAGGGGUGAGCCCUCUACUUUCUUCUUGCCACCUUUUAGUGGCAGCAUUCAAGCAAACUGCCAAUAGUGUAAGUUAUGUGCAUAAAACCACUGCCUUUCAGGUAACUUGAAG